AUGGAUCCUAAAUUUCUGGUCGUUGAGAUUGAUUCCAAAGAGCAGGCUCUUCAGUUGGUACAAAUUAUGCUAGAAAAAGGUUUCGGCCGCCUGAUGCUUCUCGAUGAACUUUCCAAGCAUCCAAGUGUUUCCAAAGCGCUGAAUGAAACCAAAGAAACGGCACAGAAAUCCGCUCCAGAGGUCCAGAAAUCGCCUACGCCAGAGAAAAACCUGAAUUAUUCCCCGCCUCCACAACUGUCCAACGAAGUUGUAACAUCUACAGUUGUCAAACAGGAGCCACCGACAGAGUAUGAAGAGGAGGAAGAAGAAGAGGACAUGCUGUUGACCAGCAGGCAUACAAAUCUGAAACGUCCCUACAAUCAAGAAUACAAUGAGCAGUUGUUGAAUAUGUUGAGUGCUGAACCCGAACUUGUUCCGAUUGGGGUCAAUACAACGGGUGAAGAACCAUCAGGAUCCAACUGUGAUAAUCCGGCAAAAAGAAAAAAUAUUGGAGAAUAUCAUGAAUGUAGAUUGUGUGGAGUUCGAGUGAAGACGCCUAGAAGCGGUCGAUGGAAUCUUCAGAUGCACGUCAUUGCUCUUCAUUGUGUUGGACGACAAUACAGAUGUAAACUAUGCGACUAUGUCGAUUAUAGAAAAUCGACGAUGAGGAAACAUACGAUUUCUCAGCAUGGAGAGGAUAUUCCACCACAUAACAUGACAGACGACACAAUGCGGACAGAAUGGCAUGAGGCAAUGAUGAAAUGCUUUCCAGAAUUUGCUCAUCGCACCGGAUUUCUCUCAUAA